AUGCCCUCACUUAAUGCCACCCUAUUUCAUCCCUACUCUUUCCUCCUUUUGGGGAUACCUGGGCUGGAACAUCUGCAUAUCUGGAUUGGUUUUCCUUUCUUUGCUGUGUACCUGACAGCUGUCCUUGGAAAUAUCAGCAUCCUUUCUGUGAUUCAGACUGAGAAUCGCCUCCAUCAGCCCAUGUUCUACUUCCUGGCCAUUCUGUCAUCUAUUGACCUGGGCCUGUCCACAUCCACCAUCCCCAAGAUGCUUGGCAUCUUCUGGUUCAAGAUGGGAGAAAUCUCCUUUGAGGGCUGCCUCAUCCAGAUGUUCUUCAUCCACCUAUGCACUGGCAUGGAGUCGGCUGCGCUCGUGGCCAUGGCCUGUGAUCGCUAUGUGGCCAUCUGUAACCCUCUUCGCUACACAUUGGUGCUGACAAAUAAGGUGGUAUUCAUCAUUUCAUUGGUCAUCCUCCUAAGACCUUUGUCUUUUGCCAUACCAUUUGUUCUACUCAUCAUACAGUUACCAUUUUGUGGACACCAAAUUAUCCCUCACACUUAUUGUGAGCACAUGGGCAUUGCCUGCCUGUCUUGUGCCAGCAUCAAGGUCAACAUCAUCUAUGGCUUAUGUGCCAUCUCUAUACUAGUGUUUGACAUCAUAGCCAUUGUCAUCUCUUACGUCCACAUCCUUCGUGCUGUCUUUUGACUCCCUUCCCAUGAUGCUCGGCUCAAAGCCCUCAGCACCUGUGGCUCUCAUGUGUGUGUCAUGUUGGCUUUCUACACUCCUGCAUUUUUUUCAUUCAUGACCCACAGAUCUGGUGAGAAUAUAUCAUGCUACAUCCACAUCCUUUUGGCCAAUUUCUAUGUAGUUAUUCCACCUGCUCUCAACCCUGUAAUCUAUGGUGUCAGAACUAAACAGAUUAGAGAAAAAAUGCUGAAAGUAUUUUCCAAGAAAAAAACAUAG